AUGCUCAAGUGGGCUGUGAACCAGCCGCGCCCUUCCUACCUGGCCGAGCAGCCAGUCGCGGGCACAGAUCCGAGCACAGGCACAAUCCACCAGGUCAUCAGCAGCUACAGCGACUUCCAGGCGGCAGCCACGCCCAUGCGCACAGCCGCCCCCCCGACGCAGCGGCUCAAGCUGAAGCGGCAAUCGCUGCUGCCGGGCCUCCUCCACCUGGGCAAGGAGAAUCAAUUGACAUCGACGCCACUGCCCGCAGCUGGAGCUGGAGCUGGAGUUGGAGCACGCACUCCUCUGCUCCGGGAUCUGAGCAACAUCAUGUCGCCUCUCCACACGCCCAUGACCAUGGCCAUGCCCACGCCCAUGCCCACGCCCACGUCCAAGGCGAAGACCGCUGUCUAUGCCUCCACGCUGCCCACCUUCGAGGCGGAGUACUCGCCCAGCUACAGGGUCGACCAGGAUGGGGAGAACAACAACAACAACAAUGUCAUCUUUCCGGGAGCGCUGCUGGCGCUGCGCGGCAUGGGCAUCCCGGACAGCUACUUCGAGAAGCCGCGCUACCUGGAACAGAAGCCACUUCCCAGUGACCAAGUGGGAGCUGCUCCCCCUCCUUCUUCUGCUGCUGCUGCUCCUGUUCCCAGUGCUGAGCAGACGACGCUCAGCUCCAGCCAAAUGGGCGAUGUCACCUUGGAGCGCAUGAUCGAUGCCAUUCUGGAGAGCACACGCAAGCCGCCAGCUCGUGUCCGUGCCCGAUCCCGUUGCCAUUCCCGUCUGCGCCAGCGGCAGCGUCAGAGGCCGCAGCCUCAGCCUCAGCUUCAGCCUGGUCAGCGUCUCAUCUCGACGAGCCACUCGCCCACCUAUCGACCCGCCUUCGAUCCGGCCAGCGAUCUGUCCGAGUACUGGCAGCCACCUGUGCAUCCGGAUGCCUACGAGGAGCGGGAAGUGUGCUCCCCACAGCCGCUCUCCCAGUCGGGAUCUGGACUGGAACUGGAACUGGAACUGGCAGGGGGAGGGGGAGGGGGAGGGGGGCAGGGCAAGCGGCGUUCGCUGCAGCUGAGGAGGCAGCGCGUGGUGCGGCGCAAGCGGCAGAUCGCGACGAAGAUCUCGUCGAGCGUGCGCCAAUCGGCGCAGAAGCUGCUGGCGGCCGCCUCGCGCUCCGCCCAGAAGCUGCCCCACUCCCAAUCCCGCGCCAAGCAGCGGCACAUCAGCCCCGACAGCGGACACAAUUCCACCAGUGACUGUGAGCUGGAGCUAGACGAGGAGGAGGAUGAGAACCUGGCGCUGGGCGGGCCGCAGCUGGAGGGCAUUUGGCUGCAGUCGGAGGCGCGGGAUGCGACCAAGCGGCGUCUCAGCUUCUCGCUCAACGAGCAAAGCUGA